UAAAACAAAACAACAAAACAAUAACAAAAGCCACAAAAUGCAUCUGCAAAGUGCAAAAACACUAGCCCCGAAUUCUGGAUGGAUGCAAGUCUUCCUACUACUGACACUCUUCGUGAUUGGUAAUCAAAGUGCCUGGCAGGAGAAUAUACGACCAAAACUAUAUGUGGAAUUAGGUCCCGAAGAUAUACUGAAAUUUCUGGGCAACGAGAGCGUUGUGGAUCACUUCAAGCUCGUCACCAAGGAUGGCAAUAGCCUGCUCAUCGGUGCCAGAAAUACCGUAUUUAAUUUAAGCAUACAUGAUCUCGCGGAACAGCAACGUCUCGUGUGGACGUCGCCGGAGGAUGAUACCAAAAUGUGUCUCGUCAAGGGCAAAGAUGAGGAGGCCUGCCAGAACUAUAUACGCAUCAUGGUGGUACCCUCGCCGGGUCGCCUGUUCGUCUGCGGCACCAACUCAUUUCGGCCCAUGUGCAACACGUACGUGAUCAACGACAGCAACUAUACGCUGGAGGCAACCAAGAAUGGUCAGGCUGUGUGCCCCUAUGAUCCGCGCCACAACUCAACCUCCGUGCUGGCGGACAACGAAUUAUAUUCAGGCACUGUGGCAGAUUUCAGCGGCAGUGAUCCGAUUAUCUAUCGUGAGCCUCUCCAAACGGAACAAUACGAUAGCCUCAGUCUCAAUGCGCCAAAUUUUGUGAGCUCAUUUACCCAGGGAGAUUUCGUUUAUUUCUUCUUUCGGGAAACGGCUGUGGAAUUCAUCAACUGCGGCAAGGCGAUUUAUUCGCGCGUCGCACGCGUCUGCAAAUGGGAUAAGGGCGGCCCGCAUCGCUUUCGCAAUCGCUGGACCUCGUUCCUCAAGUCCCGUCUGAAUUGCUCCAUACCGGGCGACUAUCCGUUCUACUUUAAUGAGAUACAAUCGGCUAGCAAUCUCGUCGAGGGACAGUACGGCUCCAUGAGCUCCAAAUUGAUUUAUGGCGUUUUUAAUACGCCAACAAAUUCAAUUCCCGGCUCAGCGGUUUGUGCUUUCGCCUUGCAGGACAUAGCCGACACAUUCGAGGGACAGUUCAAGGAGCAGAGCGGCAUCAACUCCAACUGGCUGCCAGUAAAUAAUGCCAAGGUGCCCGAACCACGUCCUGGCGCCUGUCACAAUGAUUCACGAACGCUUCCGGAUCCCACAUUAAAUUUCAUCAAAACACAUUCGCUAAUGGACGAGAAUGUUCCGGCAUUUUUCGGUCAACCGAUUUUAGUGCGGACGAGCACAAUUUAUCGCUUCACACAAAUUGCGGUUGAUGCACAGAUCAAAACGCCCGGCGGCAAGACGUAUGAUGUGAUUUUCGUUGGCACAGAUCAUGGUAAAAUUAUAAAGUCCGUCAAUGCCGAAUCAGCUGACUCGGCUGAAAAGGUCACUUCGGUGGUCAUUGAGGAGAUCGAUGUGCUGCCCAAGAGUGAGCCCAUACGCAAUUUGGAAAUUGUGCGAACGAUGCAAUACGAUCAACCGAAAGAUGGCAGCUACGACGAUGGCAAAUUAAUCAUUGUCACGGAUAGUCAGGUGAUAGCCAUACAACUGCAUCGAUGUCACAACGACAAAAUCACCAGCUGCAGCGAAUGCGUCGCAUUGCAGGAUCCGUAUUGUGCCUGGGACAAAAUUGCUGGCAAGUGUCGCUCCCAUGGUGCGCCGCGUUGGCUGGAGGAGAACUAUUUCUAUCAGAAUGUGGCGACCGGUCAGCAUGCUGCCUGUCCCUCAGGCAAAAUCAAUUCAAAAGAUGCCAAUGUCGGCGAGCAGAAGGGCUUCCGCAAUGACAUGGAUUUACUGGAUUCGCGUCGCCAGAGCAAGGAUCAGGAAAUCAUAGACAAUAUUGAUAAGAACUUUGAAGGACCACAAAUCUCUGCAGAUAUUAUCAAUGCACAGUAUACGGUCGAGACUCUGGUUAUGGCCGUGUUGGCCGGCUCGAUAUUCUCGCUGCUCGUUGGCUUCUUUACGGGCUACUUCUGUGGCCGUCGCUGCCACAAGGAUGAGGACGACAAUCUGCCCUAUCCGGAUACGGAAUACGAAUACUUUGAACAGCGUCAAAACGUGAACAGUUUUCCGUCGUCGUGCCGCAUACAGCAGGAGCCGAAGCUGUUGCCGCAGGUGGAGGAGGUGACGUAUGCGGAGCCUGUGCUACUACCGCAGCCACCACCGCAAAACAAGAUGCACUCGCCAAAGAAUACGCUGCGCAAGCCACCCAUGCACCAGAUGCACCAGGGCCCCAACUCGGAGACACUCUUCCAGUUCCAACCAGACGGCUACAAUACCCAGCAAACAUAUCGCGGACGGGAUAACUUUGGCACACUGCGUUCGCAUCAGGUGAUGGGCGACAACUAUAGACGCGGCGAUGGCUUUUCGACCACGCGCAGCGUCAAGAAGGCUGUAAACAACACAAACACACGAAACAGAAGUCUUGGUCGCGCAAGAAGACAGCCGCCCCGUCAUGGUAUUGUAACUCAGCACCGUUCAAAUAGCCCACAGCAGCAGCAGCAGCAGCAGCAACAACAGCAGCAGCCGCACUCCAGCUCCGGCUCAUCGCCCGUAAUGUCGAACAGCAGUUCCAGUCCAGCUCCGCCAUCGAGCAGUCCCAGUCCGCAGGAGAGCCCCAAGAACUGCAGCUACAUUUACCGUGAUUGAUUGAUAUGUAACACCAAAUCGAUGCCACUCAUCCAGGCGUUGCCCACGCCCACGCCCACGCCAACGCCCACACAACCAAUGCACAAUCAACAACAACAACAACAACAACAACAUCAACAACAACAGCAGCAACAGCAACACCAUCAAGUACUGGCCAACAGCAAACAGUUAGCCAAGUCUAUGCCCGUCACGCCCAUACAGCCGCAAUCGCCCACAGAUCCAACGGCCACCGCCCAUUUCAUGCUGAUGCCGCGUUCGCCCUCAUACGAGCUAUACGAACCGCGACCCGUGCACUUUCGGCAUGCCCACUCGGAUGCCACAUUCCACAUGCAGCCCUACGAUGACGACGACGACGACGAGGAGGAGGAUGACUUGGAUGACUGCGAUGUGGACACCUCUUCGCUGGCCAUGAUUACCCCGCCGCCGCCUUACGACACGCCACAGCUAGCGAUAGCUACCGCCGUCGCUGCACCACCAUUGCCACCGCCGCGUAGAUUUCGUUUCGGGAAUCGUGAGCUGUUCAGCAUGAGCCCGGGCACGCCCAAGUCAAAUGCCAUCACGCCCACAAAGCUGAGCGCCGCUGCUGCCGCCAUGUUUGCAGCGCCGCAGAUGGCGCAGCUGAACCGAAAGUGGGCGCAUCUCCAGCGCAAGCGUCGACGGCGCAACAGCAGCAACGGCGACUCCAAGGAAUUGGAUAAGCUUGUGCUGCAGUCUGUCGACUGGGAUGAGAAUGAAAUGUAUUAGCGGCAAAGGCGUCAAUCGAUUCAAACUCCCAACUCCUAACUCCUAACUGUACUUGUAGCAAUCUUAACAUACAAAAAUAUAUAUAUACACAAAACAGCAUAUAUAGCUCACAAAUCGUAUUGAUAGUAUAUGAAAUUUGUACUUUCUGUAAAUUAUAUUAGCCUGCGAUACACACACACACAUUUAUAUACACAGACAAACGCUCACACACACUCACACAUUUUAUAGCCAUAGAAAGUUUGGAGUUUAUAUAUAUAUAAUUUUUGCCAAUUUUAGAUGCGACUUUACAUUAAGAUUACCAAAUACAAAAGCAUUCUUAUAAUAGUGCAAGGAAUAAUAGUAAAGCCAAUCGAUUAAAGUGAG